GGGAUGUUCGAGGUCGCUGGACCGUGAAGCAGAUAAGAUUCCGAAGGCGGUAAAGCACCUACGAACGCGACAAAGCGGGCUGGAAGCACGGCCGUGAUCAUUAUUCGCAAACACCCAUUCUCUCGUUUUAUCUUCAACCAUCCCUCGAUCGCUGUACGAACGGGCGACUCCGAGCUCCUAUUUACUGCGAUGCGAUCCUUUUUCAAUAAGCCCGCCUGGGCAACCAAGACGGAUGACUCGGGCGCCGAAUUCUAUCGCCGAUCUGGGCAAACAUACUCCGACAUUAUCGCCGCAAACCGCGAAGCGCACAGAAAGCAGAAGCUCGCGUCUCAGUUUGCGGAAAGUUCGCCCUCCGCGACUACCGAAGAGAGCCAUAAAUCCAAACGGCCACGAAAGUCUGACGAACAUGAGGAGAAACCGGAGACGGAGGAUGAGAACCCCGUCGCUACGAGCACACCCAAGUCGGAUAAAGAACGAGAGCCCGAAGAAUAUCGCAGGAGUUCUCCUUCGUCUCCCAGUGAGGAGCGCGACCAAUCUAAGAGUCUUGAAGCCAAUGAAGAUGAACCUGAGCCCACGACUGUUCCAAGCCCUAUCUAUCUUGACUCCACGGCGAGUCCCUCUUCAGAUCACUCACAAACCUCCUCCUCGCACCUGACCCCGGAUGAUCGCCUCAAAAAAGCUCAGCAAACAACGGAUUCAUAUUCCAGGGAUACGCCCAGCAAUCUACCUUCAAGAUACUUGGCCACCGGAUCUCAUUAUCAACCCGUGCAACCGACGCCCACUCCUCCACCAGCAGAGGACCCAAGGGUGCACAUUCUUAUAACAUCCGAGAUCCCAAACACCAAGCCAUUGAUUGUCCAGCGCAGAAUUUCCCAGCCCUUGAAGGACGCUCGCCUAGCGUGGUGUGAGCGACAGGGCUUCACUGAAAAAGAAUCAUCAUCUAUCGAACUCUAUUGGAAUGGCGUCAGGCUGUUUGACGUGUCAACAUGCAGGAGAUUUGACACAAGGAAAGAGAAGAAGAGCUUGUUGGAUAUAGAAGAUGAACCCGAUGCGGAACAGCUUGAGCUGAAAAUCCACUUGGAGGCAGUCAGCACGGACCCGCUCUUGAUGAAUCGUCGUGGUCCCUCUCCAGAUGUUGGCGCUGCAUCGCCCGCCCCGCCCACUCCGGAACAUGAUCCGGAGAACGAGCCGAUGAAGUUGCUUUUGAAAAGUCCCGGACUGAAUGACUUUAAGAUCAAGGCUAGACCUAAGACCUUGGUGUCGAAGGUUAUAGCGGCUUUUCGAGAAAAGCAGAAUAUACCCGAGGAUAAAUCGGUGCACCUUGUCUUUGAUGGUGAUCGACUUGAACCUGAUACUUGCCUGGGUGAUCAUGAUAUUGCAGACCUCGACAUGCUGGAGGUUCUUAUUAAAUAAUACUCCUGAAAAGGCACGGAGAAGAUAUGGGAGCUAGUGGCCCUCAAAAGCCCGAUGACUUUCAUUCCAGGUAAUCUACGUGUAACACUAAUCAUAUGAUCUACCAGUAAUUUUCAGACGAUCAGAAGGUCG